GGAUUCAAGCUCAGCUUCUUUUCCUCAUCCAUUUCGCCACUACGUCCAAGCAGUGGCCUCUCCCCACUCAGAUGUUAUGGAGAAACAGAGCUGAGCGUCAUCAGCGUACAGGCGGCACCUCCUGAAACUUCUAGGCCGCAAGAGCAGAAGUCCAGUGUCCAGAUCAAGGGAAGUCAUCGUCUCUCUCUCUUCGGCCUUGGUCAGACCACACCUGGAAUACUGGGUCUGAUUCUGGGCACCACAGUUUAAGAAGGAUGUGGAGAAGCUGGAGCGUGAGCAGAGGAGGGCGACCAAGGGCCUGGAGACCAAGCCUUAUGAGGAAUGGUUGAAGGAGCUGGGAAUGUUUAGCCAGGAGAAGAGGAGACAGAGAGAUAUGAUCUCAAGGGCUGUCACACGGAAGAUGGAGCUGCUUUGUUUUCUCCAGCUCCGGAGGGUAGGACUCGAACCAGUGGCUUCAAGUUACAAGAAAGAAGAUUGUGACUAAGCACAGCUGAAAACCUUUCAGACACGCCAUGGAGGCCUCUUCCGGCCUCCCCGUGGUCCACGUCGACUUCCCCGAGGUCACCAGUGCCCUGCUGGAGAACCUCAACCAGCAGCGGGUGGAGGGCAAGCUGUGCGACAUCGCCAUCCACGUGCAGGGCCGCAUCUUCCGGGCCCACCGGGCCGUGCUGGCCGCCUCCUCGCCCUACUUCCACGACCAGGUGCUCCUGAAGAACAUGACGUCCAUCGUGCUGCCCAGCGUCAUGGACCCCGUCGCCUUCGAGACGGUGCUGGGCUCGGCCUACACGGGCAAGCUGAGCAUGGCCUCGGACGAGAUCGUCAACUACCUGACGGUGGGCAGCGUCCUGCAGAUGUGGCACAUCGUGGACAAGUGCACCGAGCUGCUGAAGGAGCGCCGGGGGGCCUUCCUGGGGCCUUCCUCUUCCUCCUCCUCCUCCUCCUUCCGCGCCCACUCCAGCCGCACCAGCGACAACCAGUCGCCCAGCAGCAGCAACUACUUCAGCCCCCGUGACUCGGGCGAGGGCCCCGAACACGGCAAGUUCCACCCGCUGCGGGGGGCGCUGGCGGGAGAGCGCGAUGACCACGACGAGGAGGUCAUCUUCCAGGCCGAGAAGGGGCCCCCACGCUGCCCGGACCCCUUCGCCGGCGGCAGCAAGUUCGUCCUGGAGACGGACGACGACGUCAGCGACAGCAGCGAGGGCCGGCGCCCGGCCUACGUGCGGCCCAGCAUCAUGCCCCAGAAGCAGUGGGUCUUCGUCAAGAAGGAGCGCUCCCAGGAGGACCUGGUGCUGACCUGCGAGGAGGACGAGGACCCCGUGGAGGUGGCCGGGCCGGCACCCGAGGCGGCGCUCAGCAUCAGCGACGUCCGCACCCUGACGGAGCCCGGCGGGGGCGGCUCGGGGAGCAAGCUGGAGGAGCAGGUGAACUUCUGCGAGUCCUCGGAGGACUUCCCCUCGGCCUACGAGGGCCUGGAGGAGGCCGCCCCCUUUGCGCCGCGCGGCGCCCUCCUGCCCAUGGACAUGCAGGGCAACCAGAUCGUGGUCUUCCCGCCGCAGGCGCCGGUGGAGCAUGGCGCGGUGCAGCUGGCGGCCGGCUCAGGCGACGGCAACAAGAUCUUCAUGUGCCACUGCGGCAAGGCCUUCUCGCACAAGAGCAUGCGCGAUCGGCACGUCAACAUGCACCUCAACCUGCGCCCCUUCGACUGCCCCGUCUGCAACAAGAAGUUCAAGAUGAAGCACCACCUGACCGAGCACAUGAAGACCCACACGGGCCUCAAGCCCUACGAGUGCGACGUCUGCGCCAAGAAGUUCAUGUGGCGAGACAGCUUCAUGCGCCACAAGGGCCACUGUGAGAGGAGGCACCGCCUCGGAGGGGGGGCCAGCGGCCCCGCGGGGGGCGGCCCGGCAGCUGCCAAGAAGGAGGCGGCGUCGCCCUCCCGGAUGGGGGCCGAGGCCGAGUGGGGCAACGGGAGGUCCCCCCGCAGCGAACUGGGCUUUGCGGGGAGCAGUAAGAUGUGAGGGGGAGCAGGGGGGCAGCCCAAGCCGGCCUGCGCUGGGGACCCCCACCCAGACAAGCUUGGGCGCAAGUCCUCCACAUCAGACUGAGUUUUAGGGGCUGGGCAGGACAGCACCACUGGACUGACCCCCCACCUCGUCCAGAGCGGGUCCUCUGCAGCCGCCGUCUCCCCCAGGAAGGUUCAGGACCCCCUGCUGCUCCUUGUAAACAG